CUCAGUGAUAGAAAAGUGUAGAAAAAUGAACUCAUGGCAUUGAUCAAUGAUCACCAGCUCAUCCCAACAGUAGAGUCUUAAUUACCAGCAUUAUCACAUUAAGAAUCAAACUAUGUCUCAUUCACCUAAUCAAGUUUCACUGCCACCACUACCUUUCAUCCCUGAUGAACUCAUUGAAGAGAUUCUCUCGAGGCUCCCUGUGAGGUCUCUUCUACAAUUCAGGUGCGUAUGCAAGUCAUGGAUGUCACUCAUUUCUGACCCUUACUUCGUAAAAAAGCACCUUCAAUUGUCAGCACAGAGCACCAACCUCACGCGCCAUAGGAUCAUACUCACUGACACAACCGCAGAGUUCCACCUCAAGUCUUGCCCUUUGACUUCUCUGUUCCAUAACCCAUCAACCAUAUGUGAGGACCUUAACUACCCAGUUAAGAACAAGUUCCGCCAUGACGGAAUCGUUGGUUCCUGCAAUGGCUUGCUAUGUUUUGCAGUUAAAGGAGACUCUGUUCUUCUCUGGAACCCUUCAACUAGAGUCUCCAAGAAGUCACCACCUUUGUGUAAUAACUGGAGGCCAGGGUGUUUUACCAAUUUUGGCCUUGGUUAUGAUCAAAAGAACGAUGACUACAAGGUGGUGGCUGUGUUUUGUGACCCUAAUGUGUUCUUCGCUGAAACUAAUGUGAAGGUAUAUAGCAUGGCCUCAAAAUCUUGGAGAAAGAUUCAAGACUUCCCUCAUGGUGUUACCCCCUAUCAAAACUCGGGAAAAUUCGUGAGUGGCACUCUCAACUGGGACGCCAAUUAUGCUGUUGGUAAUUCAAAUUCUUCUUUGUGGAUCAUUGUUUCAUUGGAUCUACACAAGGAAACAUACAACGAGAUUCUGCCACCUCAUUAUGAGAAGGAAGAAUGUUCCACACCUAGUUUGGGUACGUUAAAGGGAUGUCUGUGCAUGAAUUAUGACUACAAAAAAAGCUAUUUUGUGUUGUGGCUGAUGAAGGACUAUGGAGUAAGAGAGUCUUGGGUAAAAAUGGUGACUGUUCCUUAUUUGCCUAAUCCUGAAUAUUUUUCAUAUUCUGGGCCAUACUGCAUUUCUGAUAAUGGUGAAGUCUUGUUAAUGUUUGAGUUUGAUUUAAUUUUGUAUGACCCAAGAGACCAAUCAUUUAAGUAUCCAAAAGUUCACAGUGGGAAGAGUUGGUUUGAUGCAGAGGUAUAUGCUGAAACGCUGCUAUCACCAAUCAAGCAUUGAGUGUGUGUCAAGUGUUUUAAAUCGCUGCUCAUAUCCUAUCAAUCAAUAUUCAUGUAUAGAUGGUCAUAAAUUAUAGAUUCAAUAGUAGCUUUCAUUUCCACUAAGAGUUGAAGCAUAUGCUUUCUUGUGGGAUAUUAAGAGUUAAUAAACAAUAAAUAUAAACAUAAAUUUAACAUUAAGAAUAGAAAUAUUCUUAA